AUGGGCCGACUGGGCGUGAAGAUCAAGAGGCGUGGAAAGGUCGUCCAGCACCGCAAGCAGAAGCUGCUGCGGAAGUUCAAGACCAAGUUCGUGCGUGAUCCCAAGGUGCAGCAGGUCUGGGACCACAACCUCACGACGUGCCAGAACUACGUCAAGCUCGGUCUAGAGGCCAAUCCGAACGCCCACCACGCACUGCGCGAUAGCAUAAAAGACGCAGAAGGCUCGCUCGAGGCACUAGACGAGGCCCGUCUCUUUGAGGUGCCUGACAGUGACUUUUUGGCGGAGCGCAAUACCAAGCGCGUUGCAAACUACGUGUCCGAGGAGGAGACCAAGUAUCUACGCAAGCUCAUUGCCAAGUACGGUGGAGAUUACACCAAGAUGGCACGCGACAUCAAGGUAAACAACAUGCAGUGGACUGAGCAAAAGUUUCGGCGUCGCUGUGCGCGUCUGGCGCUCAUGGACGCCAACGUUAUUAGUCUGCCACAAGGGUCCGUCGGAAAGAGCUAG